AUGUUCAAUGCACUCAACCGCUUCAUCUCGCGGCUGGACGGCGACGGGCCGGCCGCGGACAGGGAGGCCACGCACGGCACGUUUGGCUUCCAGGUGCUGCGCAACACCAACCUGAAGCUCACAGUCGAGCCCUGGUUCGACUUCAUCGUGGGCAUCAACGGCCGCAUGAUUGACGACUCGGACCCGAUGCUGUUUGCGCAGGAGGUGCGCAACUGCGCGGGCGGCACCGUGACGCUGGGCCUCUGGAGCGCCAAGGGCCAGCGCACGCGGACGAUGCACGUCCCCGUGCCCUACGACACGGCGUCGUUGGGACUGUCGCUGCAGUGGACGCCGCUGGCCGUCGUGUCCAACAUCUGGCACGUCCUGGACGUGCCCGCGCGGUCGCCCGCCGAGGCGGCUGGUCUGCUGCCGUACAGCGACUACAUCCUGGGGACGCCCGAGGGCGUGCUGCACGGCGAGAGCGGGCUGAGCGAGCUGGUGGAGGACCACAUUGGACGCCCGCUGCGGCUGUGGGUGUACAACAACGAGUACGACGUGACGCGCGAGGUGUCGAUCCAGCCGAGCCGCGACUGGGGCGGCGACGGCGCGCUGGGGUGCGUGCUGGGCUACGGGGCGCUGCACCGGCUGCCGGCGCCCCUGAGCGAGCCCGUGUCGGGACCGGGCGAGACCAUGUUUGACGGCGACAACGAGAAGCACCAGUACCACCUGCACGCAGGAGCACCCAGCGGAGCGGUGGCGGCAGGCGACUUGUUCGAGCAGGCGGCGACGACACCGACGGCGGCGACCUUUGCCGGAGCCGAAGCACCAGCAAGCGGCGAGAAUGGAGGACCACCACCGGCGGCCGACAACUUUUUGGUCCCGGCACAGCUCGUGUCACCCCCACCGCCGCCACCACCUGCUGGCAGUGCAGGGGCAGGGGGCAGUGCGACGGGCGGAACAGCAACCCGCUCGAAGAAGAAAGACCGGCAUCUCAACACGGGCGGCAACGCAGCAGGCCUGUCGGUGGACGACUACUUCAAGGAGGAGGAGGCGAAGAGUCAGCAGCUGGAUGGUGCGCCGAGCCGGUCCAUUACACCCGUGGCGCCGCCGCCCAAGGGUGGUCCGCCACGAGCUGGUACGCCCAGGGAGGUAGCAACGGACGAGAGCUAG